AAAGGUCAAAAGUGCCAUCCCUAAUCCCAACUGUAUUUCACACGAUUCGGUCGAAUUAAAUAAUACCAAUAAAAUCAUUAAUAUGUCCGCUCUGAGACAAGUGUACAAAAUCAGUAACGGCGUGGCAAGACGCACACUGUAUGAAAAUACUCGAAAAACGCAAAUCAAGGCUAUAAAUAACGCACAAUUCCAGUUGCAAUUACAUUUUGCAACCAAAACACAAACAGCUGUUUUUGGCAGCAACAACAGCAACUACACGUACAUUUGCCGCCACUUACACUGCAGCAAGCCGGUGGAAGAUGCGGAUAAGACGGUGGCCACCAGUAGCGUUCCCCUGGCCAAGUUGGAGUCCAAGAUGCAGCUGAUCUACACCUGCAAGGUGUGCCAGGCCCGGAACAUGAAGACCAUUUCGAAGGUGGCCUACCAGCGCGGCGUUGUCAUCGUGACCUGCGAGGGCUGCUCCAAUCACCACCUGAUCGCCGACAAUCUGAAUUGGUUCACGGAUCUGGAGGGCAAGCGCAACAUCGAGGAGAUUCUGGCGGAGAAGGGCGAAAAGGUGAUCCGCCUGACCGACGGUAAUUGCGAAUUUCUGCCCAAAAACGAUUAAAAGUGUGGCGUGCGUGAUGUGUUAACUGAA